GCCGCCGGCUUCAACCAUAUUAUGCUUUAUCUUUUUAUUUUUUAUUUUUUAUACAACUAAAAAUCUUAGCAUCUAUAUAUAUACAGUUAUACUUGUCUCUGUAUAUUCCACAUCUCUAGCUUUAUCUCUUUUCUCACCCUAUCCUCAAUGGGUCUUCCGGCAGAUUUUAAGGAGCUUCAGAUUCCAGGAUACGUACUUAGGACACUUUACGUCAUCGGUUUCUUUAGAGACGUGUUCGAUGCUCUUUGUCCUUACAUAGGUUUACCUCGAUUUCUAGACCACGAGAUUCCUCGACCGGACCCAAUCAGACCCGAAACCCUCACGGCCGUGAGUCUUGCUGACAAGAUUUCCCCAGUGGUUCGUUUCUCGGAUAUUCAGACCGAUCUUGAAGACUGCUGCACGGUGUGUCUCUCUGAUUUUGAGUCCGAUGAUAACAUUAGGCAGCUUCCGAACUGUCGGCAUGUGUUUCAUAAUCAUUGCUUGGACCGUUGGAUUGUGGAUUGCCGCAAGUUGACGUGUCCGAUUUGUCGGGAUCCGUUCUUACCGGCCGAAAAAUACGCACGGGUGGGUCCGGUGUGGUAUAGCGAUGAGUGGGAGAGUAACAUACUAGUUAACGGUGGGCUUUAAUUUUCUAUGUCGGCAGUAUCUGAUUUUGCUGUAUAAUUCCACUUUAGUACUUUGUAUCUCCGGUGUAGAUCAUAUUCGAUCGAUAUUUACUGUUAAAUAUUAAUUUGUUUUUAUAACAGAAAAAGGGAAAAAAUAUAAAAUAAAGGGUGAAUUGGCUUAUAAUCCAUAGAAAACUUGGAUAUUAGCAAUGUACCAUAGUUUUG